AUGCUGAGGUCAGCUCGUUUGGGGACAUUAAAUGCAACUUUUAUUGUCUACGAAAAUGCCUACAUAAAUAUCACCACUCCUUUUUUCUUGGUACGUAGUGGCACAACACAACCAGUGAAAUAUCUUCUGGGUGCCAUGGUUACCACUGAGGUAACUACUUUGGCAGUCAAUGGUACAGCUGCCCCUACAGUACAACAACCAGACUUCAAGAGCUUGAGCCUGCCACUUCAGAUCAUUCUCUCUGCUGCCAUGAUAUUUAUACUCUUGCUUUCUUUCCUGGGUAACUUUGUUGUCUGCCUCAUGGUCUAUCAAAAGACUGCAAUGCGAUCUGCUAUUAACAUUCUCCUAGCAAGCUUAGCUUGUGCAGACAUGUUGCUUGCUGUGCUAAACAUGCCUUUUGCUCUGAUAACCAUCAUCACCACUCAGUGGAUUUUUGGGGACAUUUUCUGCAGAAUCUCUGCCAUGUUUUUCUGGCUAUUCGUCAUAGAAGGAGUAGCCAUUCUGCUCAUUAUUAGCAUCGACAGGUUCCUUAUAAUAGUUCAGAGGCAGGAUAAACUGAAUCCAUACCGCGCAAAGAUCCUCAUUGCUGUCUCAUGGGCUACAGCCUUUGUUGUGUCUUUCCCACUCUCUGUGGGAAACCCCAGCCUACAGAUACCUUCUAAGGCUCCGCAGUGCGUUUUUGGCUACACCACAAACCCCAGCUAUCGUGCCUAUGUGAUCUUAGUAGUAUUGAUUUCCUUUUUCAUUCCAUUUUUGGUGAUGUUGUAUUCUUUUAUGGGCAUCCUCAACACUUUACGGCACAAUGCAGUUCGUAUCCAUAGCCACCCGGAUAGCAUAUGCCUCAGUCAAGCCAGCAAACUUGGCCUCAUGAGCCUCCAGAGACCCUUCCAGAUGAACAUCGAUAUGAGCUUUAAAACUCGUGCCUUCACAACCAUAUUGAUUUUGUUUGUUGUCUUCAUAAUCUGCUGGGCACCCUUCACCACCUACAGCCUUAUUGCCACAUUCAACAGCCACUUCUAUCACAAGCACAACUUUUUCGAGAUAAGCACUUGGCUCCUUUGGCUCUGCUACCUCAAGUCUGCCCUGAAUCCACUAAUUUACUACUGGAGGAUUAAAAAAUUUCAUGAUGCGUGCUUGGAUUUGAUGCCCAAGUACUUGAAAUUUUUGCCGCAGUUACCUGGGCAUACCAGAAGACGCAUACGGCCAAGUGCCAUCUAUGUGUGCGGGGAGCACCGGUCUGUAGUAUAG